GUCUCCGGUCUGACAGACCCUAAACUACGCCACUGGGGACUUUUGCUUCUGUUUCAGCAAUCUGAGAGAAGCCAAUCAAUAAACCCUGCAGCGCUAACAAAGGAGCCAAGGAAGUUUCCUGAAUCUCUUGAGACUUGAGAGCUUCCACUUGGCCGAUCUAUCCUGCUAGUGUCUAACUAUAUUGCAAACAGGACAGGAUGUAUAUCUCGCAUCCACUUCGGGAUUAUUAGAUCAGAAUAGGUCAUCGAGUAAUGGCGGAAAAUUAAGGGUGCUCGAACUUUCUCCUCCUACUACCUCCACUUGCAUUGCUAUUCGAACCCAUGAACUUUGCAGUCUUCCUCCGUCCAAAACGCCGCUGAAAGCCAACUGCAGUUCAGCUCAGAAGCCUAACACUAGAUGUAAUCCGUCAAGUCUUGCUCGAGACAUUAACAAAAGGCGAAGGCGAAAGCUAGCUACAAGCCUAAAACACAGCGCAGGUGUAUAGAAGUUCGGGUGGAAUUCCGCUGUUAAAACCUGUACACAGUAUUCAUAUAAAAUGAUAUCUCUAGAGAUGUCUGUACAAGGCACAACUGCUUCCCAACAGCCUCAAGGUGCUGAAUCAGCUCAUAUUGUGAGGCCAGAUCUUCCGUAUCUUAUGUCUUCACAAGAAAGACGUAGAUAUCGCAUCCAGUGUAUUCACCUUCAAAAUGCAGCAGAAAACGGUCACUGGAAAAAAGCUAAGAAAAUCUUAGAACAGGAUCGGACGCUGCUGACCUAUGGCAUAACAAAAAGGUGGGAAACAAUCCUUCAUGUUGCAGUGAGUGCGAAUCGUGUUCGCUUUGUGAAGGAGCUGGUGAAUUGGUUGCAACCUGGUGACUUGGCAUUGCAAGAUCAAAAAGGGAGAACGGCGUUCUGCUUAGCUGCAAUAGCUGGGAAUGUGCGAAUCGCCGAGAUAUUGAGGAGACAAAAUGAUUCGUUGCCAGGAAUCAGGGAUAGAGAAGGAGGAACUCCUCUUCACCUUGCUGCCUUGCGAGGAAGAAAGGAAAUGGCACGGUAUCUGUACCCUCAAACCAAAGGUAUACUGCAAGAAGAUGAAUGGAUUCCCCUCUUCCUCACUUGUGUAAACUCGCAGAUCUCUGACGUAGCCUUGGAAAUGUUAAAUGAAAAGGAAACACUACUAGCUACUGCUAGGAGCGGUGGUGGUAACAAUGAGACGGCUUUACAUGCCUUGGCUCGUAGGUCUUCACUUUGUUGCUGCCAAAAUCUAGAGUCUCGGAAGCACCUCCUGCAUUUAUGUAAGAAGGAUACCUGGUCAAUCAAACUUGUAGAACGCAUCAUGGGAAUACUUAUUAGCCUUGAUGGUAGAGUGAUGACGAAUACCAUGUCCACACCUCCUGUAACACUAAUUGCCGCGGAGGUAGGAAAUCUUGAGUUUCUAUCUGUGAUUAUGAGCAUAGACCCCGAAUUGGUAUGGGACUCUGAAGACACGAGCCAACGCAUAAUCCGCGCAGCUGUUUUGCAUCGUCAUGCUAGUGUCUUCAAUUUAUUAAUACAUCGUGCGGGCCCAAUCAUAGAUUCCAUAGUAACUUCCAUUGAUGCCGAAGGAAACAAUCUAUUGCAUUGUGCUGCAAAAUUAGCACCACCAGACAAACUUAAAUUGGUCUCUGGAGAAACGCUUCAAAUGAUGCUUGAGUCGACAUGGUAUAAGGUGGUGAAGAAGUUGAUGCCGCCAUCAUCAGUGGAAAUGAGAAACUAUGCAGGUCUUACUCCACGCCAACUGUUUACCAUGGAGCAUGAACCAUUGCUCAAGAAAGGAGUAUCAUGGAUGAACAAAACCGCAAAGGCUUGCAUUAUUGUUUCGACCCUAAUUUUCUCUGCUUGCUACAGCUGGUUAACUGGUAACAAUAAUGAUGACAAUAAAGGAAGUCAAAACGAUUCCAAGAGACUAGCAUCCCAGAUAUUUGCAUUAGCAGAUACCGUAGCACUGAUGUCAUCUUUAGCCUCUGUCUCCAUUUUCUUCUCUACCGUCAUCUCACGUUUUUCUGAAGAGGACUUUCUCAAGUCACUACCGCUCAAGUUGAUAUCUGGCCUAGUGGCAUUAUUUAUCUCAAUUAUAAGCAUGAUCUUAGCAUUUAGUAGUACCUUCUUCAUAACAAAUUACGAAUAUUUGAAGUGGGUUCCUAGUUCCAUCUCUGGGGUUGCAUUUUUAACAAUACCCCUAUUUGUAACUCUUCAGUUUCCCCUAUGGUUUGAUAUGAUGUAUUCAGCUUACAUUUCUAGUUCUCUCUCUUGACCAAGAAACUCACGCUUCCUUAGAAUAAUGGGAGUAUAUCAAUAGAAAUCGGUUCCAUUUUUCUGAUAC